AGUAGUGUAGAAAAUUGUGCAGUUAGGUGCGCUGUAUGUGCCGAAAAGUUAAAUACACUUGUACAUACAUUUACGGCAGCGUCGUGGAGAAACUGUUGCAGCGAGGACGAUUUUACACACGACAUAAAUAAUGGCAAAUUUUGGUGAAGAUUUAUUUGACGUUUUCGAUGAGUCGAACGACGAUAUAGAAAUACCGGAGAUCGCGUUAAAGAAAAUUGAACCAGCAGAAGCAGGAGUAAAGCGACAACUUGACGCGGACGAUGACAAAUCACUCGUCGUCAAAAAGUUACGACAAGAGUCGAUUCUGGAUGACAUCAACUUGGAGGAGGUAGCAUGUCGCAUAACAACACACACUAUAGAUGGGAUGGAAUCUUGUACGCAUGAAGUCGCCGUCCCUCCUGAUCAGGAAUACAUACCCUUGGAGCAUAGCCAGGGCAAACCGGCGAAAGAAUAUAAAUUUAUCCUCGAUCCAUUCCAGAAAGAGGCGAUCUUAUGUAUUGAAAACAAUCAGUCGGUCCUCGUUUCUGCACACACGUCCGCUGGCAAAACCGUCGUGGCUGAGUAUGCGAUAGCGUGUUCGCUUCGAGACAAGCAGAGGGUAAUAUACACGACUCCGAUCAAAGCACUGAGCAACCAGAAGUACAGAGAAUUUCACGAGGAGUUCAAGGACGUCGGGCUGGUUACGGGCGACGUUACCAUCAACCCAACAGCCAGCGUGUUAAUUAUGACCACCGAGAUUUUACGUAACAUGCUUUACAGGGGUUCAGAGGUGAUGCGUGAGGUCGGUUGGGUGAUAUUUGACGAGAUCCAUUACAUGCGCGAUAAAGAGAGGGGCGUGGUGUGGGAAGAGACGCUUAUACUCUUGCCGGACAACGUACACUACGUAUUUCUUUCCGCUACGAUACCGAACGCGCGACAAUUUGCCGAGUGGGUGACGCAUUUGCACAAGCAGCCGUGUCACGUAGUGACUACCGAUUAUAGACCCACUCCACUGCAGCAUUACAUAUUUCCGGUCGGUGGCGAUGGCAUUCAUCUGGUUGUAGACGAGAACGGUCAGUUCAAGGAGGAGAAUUUCAACCGCGCGAUGGCGUGCCUGCGGAACAUGGGCGACGCGGCGAAGGGGGACACGAAGGGACGCAAGGGCGGCCUGCGCGCGUCAAACAGCGGGCAGACGAACAUCUUCAAGAUGGUGAAGAUGAUCAUGGAGAGGAACUUCGCGCCCGUGAUAAUCUUCAGUUUCUCGAAGAAGGACUGCGAGGUUUACGCGAUGCAAAUGGCUAAACUCGACCUGAACACGCUAGAGGAGAAGAAGCUGGUGGACGAGGUGUUCAAUAACGCGAUAGACGUUCUCAACGACGAGGACAAGAAGCUGCCGCAGGUGGUGAACCUGUUGCCGCUGCUGCGACGCGGAAUAGGCAUACAUCACGGCGGCCUGUUGCCGAUCCUGAAGGAGACGGUCGAGAUAUUGUUUGGCGAGGGCCUGAUCAAGGCGCUCUUCGCCACCGAAACGUUCGCGAUGGGUCUGAACAUGCCGGCGCGAACCGUCCUCUUCACCGCACCCCGUAAAUUCGACGGCAAGGACUUCCGCUGGAUCACGUCGGGCGAGUACAUUCAGAUGUCCGGUCGUGCCGGCAGAAGAGGUCUCGACGACAAGGGGAUCGUCAUACUGAUGAUAGACGAGCAAGUUAGUCCGGUCGUCGGCAAAGCCAUCGUCCAAGGCAAGCCGGAUCCGAUCAAUUCCGCGUUUCACUUGACCUACAACAUGGUCCUGAAUCUCCUCCGAGUGGAGGAGAUCAAUCCCGAGUACAUGCUGGAAAGAAGCUUCUUCCAGUUUCAGAAUCAGGCUGGCAUCCCGGCUCUCUACAAUAAGGUACAGGAGCUGCAGACCUCUUACAACACGGUGACCGUCGAGAGGUACGAGGAGAUAUCCUCCUACCAUGACAUACGUCAGCAGCUCGAUCGGCUGAGCGCGGAAUUCCGAUCGUUUCUAACGCAGCCGGAGUACCUGGUUCCCUUUUUGCAGCCUGGGAGACUAGUGAAAGUGAAAAAUGAGAACGAGACGUUCGACUGGGGCAUCAUAGUAAACUUUAAGAAAAAAAAUCCGAAGAAUCCGGCGAAGGAGAAGACGACGAUCAUUAUCGAUGUGUUGCUUCACAUAUCCAAGGACUCCAAGGAGGGCGCGCCGGUCCCGUGUCGCGAGGACGAGGAGGGCGAGGUCGAAGUGAUUCCCGUGGUGCACAAUUUAAUUUCGCAGAUCAGCUCGCUCAGGAUAUAUUACCCGAAGGACCUCAGGCCGUCCGACAACAGAAAGAGCGUACUGAAAACGAUACGAGAAGUGAAGAAAAGGUUUCCGAAGGGCCCGCCGUUGCUCAAUCCCAUCACGGAUAUGCACAUAGAGGAUCAGGCCUUCAAGGACAUCGUGAAAAAAAUUGAGGCGUUGGAGGAGAGACUCUACGCGCAUUCCUUGCACGAGGAUGCCAACGUAGACACAUUGUACAAGCAAUUUUUGCAAAAGGAAGAACUGGCUGCGCAGCUCAAGCAGGCGAAGCAGGAGUUCAAGCAGGCGAAAUCGAUACUCCAAAUGGACGAGCUCAAGUGCAGGAAACGAGUUCUGAGGAGGAUGGCGUACUGCACCGUGUCCGACGUUAUUGAACUGAAGGGGCGCGUGGCCUGCGAGCUGAACGGCGCCGACGAGCUGCUGAUGACCGAGAUGAUCUUCAACGGCCUGUUCAACGCGCUGAACGUGCCGCAGAUGGUCGCGUUGAUCAGCUGCUUCGUGUGCGACGAGAAAUCGAACGAGAUGCCUAAAAGCACGGAAGAGUUGAGCGGCCCGCUCAGACAGAUGCAGGACCUGGCCCGGAGGAUAGCGAAGGUCUCCACCGAGGCUAAUCUCGAACUGGACGAGCACGUGUACGUCGACAAAUUCAAGCCGUUUUUGAUGGACGUGAUAUACGCCUGGUGCAAAGGCGCGACGUUCCUACAAAUUUGCAAGAUGACGGAUAUCUUCGAAGGAUCUAUUAUCAGAUGCAUGCGGCGGCUGGAGGAAGUGCUGCGGCAACUCUGUCAGGCUGCGAAAGGUAUCGGGAAUACAGAUUUAGAAAAUAAAUUCAGCGAGGCGAUCAAGCUUAUAAAGCGGGACAUCGUGUUCGCUGCCUCCUUAUAUUUAUAAUUUAUGCGCGAAGCAACGAGAUUAAUAACGAAUAAAUUAAUGUUACAAAAUUUUAGAUUUAUAAUAUAUAUAUAUAUAUAUAUAUAUAUAUAUACCUAGAUCGCAGAUCCUUAUCGAAUUAUAUACUCUUACAAAUUUUUCAUCACUAGUUCGUUAUUUACAUAGCCCAGUCGUCCGCGUUUCGACGCUCGUGGACGGCCACUGUUAAAAAAUCUGUUUUGCAAAGAAUCUAAUCGUAUUUAUUGCUAUUCUUGGGAAUUUAAAGGAAUAUAAUGCGUACGCAUGAGAAGAACUUUUUUAUAAAAUAAAAUUACAUUCGUCAUAUGUAUAUACGACUUUAUCGUACGAGAAAAGUUCAGCGUAAAAAUGUAUAAUUGCAAGAUAAACAGAACUCAAUAUUUCCUACUUCGAAAGGUUGUUAAAUAAAUACAUUUUUUUUUAAA